AUGUUACUGUCCUCGCUGUCCGUGUCAAGUAUUCUUCUGGAAGACUCUGGCUCCAGGAAUACUCGCAGACGGGACGCCAAGCACGCGAAGAAGGACUCCAAGAUGUCCGAUAUCGCGCUCAGAGAGGGCAUGGACCGCACCAGCGCGUGUGUUGCGCCGCUCACCAUCAAGAAGAAGCCCUCAACAACAUGGAACAACGAUGGCCCCCGGAGUGUGCAGUCCUCGCCAAGAAGCCGGCGGACAACAGGGUCCACGUCGCAGUUUCAAAUGUCACCACCAUUAACGCCUCGCGCCAACCUCGAGGCCGAGAUGCCCACGGCGGAGCCCGAAUCCUUUCCCAACUACCUCCGUGCAUUCUACCACUUUCACCCCUCCUCCACAAUAUCCUCCGUCGGGGACGAGUGCUCUAUCACGGUUCCCAUCAACCAAGGAGAUGUCAUCCUGGUCCACUCGAUACACCCUAAUGGCUGGGCGGACGGCACCCUCCUUAUUUCUGGAGCCCGCGGCUGGCUCCCUACCAAUUACUGCGAACCUUUCGAUCAUCCGUCAAUCAACAGCCUUCUGAACGCCCUUACUCACCUCUGGGACCUCGUGAGGAGUGGAGAGAGCGGGAACACGAUGGUAUUUGCAAAGCAGGACUACGUUAGGUCGAUGAUUGCAGGCGUCCGUUUUCUCUUGGAGAGGUCCGAUUGCUUGACGAGGGAAUCGCAGAACGUACAAGCUCACAUCGGUAUCCGACGGAUGCGGAAAGGCCUGUUAGGUGACCUGUCCUCACUCGUGAAAACAGCGAAGCACCUGCAGCAGGUCGUGUCCCAGGGCGACCCCGCCGAGGAGCCUAUCUACGACCUCCUCGACGAGCUUGUUUUGAAGGCAUUCAAAGUGGUUGUCCGAGCCGUUCGUUUUCUUGAUGUCUUUGCGCAGGAACUCCAGCCCCCGCUGCAAGCGCUCGUCGAUGGCCCAAUGGACGACGCAGAGAGGCCACCCACGCCGCCGCAUGAUGUUCCCGAAAGCAACGUUGAGCAAUCGCAGUCAGCCGAGGAUGGUGCAACCGAACCACCCGAAAGCGUUACUGCUGUGUCACCCAGCGACGCGGCGAGAACGAGCGACGAACGAGCCGGCCUGAGCGGUAUUAACACUCCUCGCACCAACACCAGCAUCACAGAUCCUGUACCAGUGCAGUCUCUGCCAGCGCUGUCUCCCUCGAAAUCCACCCCGUCGAAGCGCGUCUCGAUCUCCCAUCGAGCGUCGUACACAAGUCAGGUGAGCGGCCAGCGCAGAUACAACCUUGCGUCGGAACGACUUUCUGCCGCCCAGGACUCGUUUCUGGGCUCGAUUGGCUCGUUCAUUGGGUUACACCUCCAGUCACGCUCGUCCAGCGAGCUCCUCUCCACUACCCAACAAUCUGUCAUUGCGUGUCGCCAACUUCUGAGUGUCGUGGAAGAGGUAUGGGAACGCGACGCUCGUCGCUCGGAACCACUUUCGCAAGCAAGGGACGCGAUGCAUGAGAAGCUGUCUGAGCUCGUGCAAGCGACGAAAGACAUGUUUGCGCACUCCGAGGCCCACAACGAGGAGUUCAUGCCUGCACAAGGCAAGGAAAUCGUCAUCGCUGCCACCAACUGUGUCCGCGCCGCCGGCGACUGUGUGACGAAGGCUAAAAUCGUCAUCGAAAGAAUCGGCGACUUCGAGUUCGAGCGCACAGGAGCUGGAAUUUCUGACACCAUCUUCGAGAGCCUUGACCUCACUGGUGUUUCAGACGCGACCAACGAGCGUGCUUCCGAGGAAAAUAUCGCCAAACCCUUGCCGGCUCCUCCAAAGGAUACGAGCCGCCCUGCUUCACUUGAUGAGAAACCCUUGCCCGAACCACCCGCUUCUCUCCCUUCUCCUUCUACCACUACGCAAGUCGCAAGCCUCCAGAGCCCCACUGUGUCCUCCUUCCGCUCUUCCAAGGAUUCUCUGCCCUCUCUGGCUAAGCUCCCCAUUCCACAUCUGCCUGCUCCCUCGGGUAGCACCGCAGACGACUCUCCCAGUACCAACAGCGUCAACUUCCGUUUUGCUGGAAACAACGUCGGUUUGGGCUUGGAAGGCGUCAACGCUUCGGACUCGACCAGCACGUACCCCAACAGCGUUCGCGGCGAUGCGGCUAGCAUCAUCUCGCACACUUCCACCCGGGCGACGACCCCUGACGAUGCUCCAUCCAGCCCCAAGGCCAAUGACAUGAUCAACAGCUACCCCAGCAUUUCGGAACUGCGUUCGACGACCAGCGAAGAUGCGUAUGGCGUUGAGGCGCAGAUGUUGGAGAAGACAUACGUACAUGAACUCGUUUACAAAGACGGUCAGAUUGCGGGCGGAUCUCUGCCUGCGCUGAUUGAGCAACUCACCACCCAUGAAGCGACUCCGGAUGCGACAUUCGUGACCACAUUCUAUCUCACUUUCCGCCUGUUUACAACGCCAGUUGAGCUUGCUCAAUGUUUGAUUGAUCGGUUCAACUACGUUGGAGACAGCAGCGAGAUCGCUGUCCCCGUCCGGUUGCGUGUCCACAACGUUUUCAAGGGUUGGAUGGAGGGCCACUGGCAAGCGGAUACUGAUGCCGAGGCGCUCGGUCUCAUCUUAACCUUUGCGACUGGGAAGCUUAGGACUGCCCUGCCCUCGGCUGGAAAGCGUCUGGCCGAGCUGGUGACGAAAGUCAGCCAAAUCCGCGCGGGAAGCACCACCCCCCGCUUGAUGUCGUCCCAGGGCAAGACGAACACUUCCGCAACCGUGUACACUGCGGCAGACCCGAAUGUGCCUAACCCAAUCAUCACCAAAAGCCAGAUGAAUGCCUUGCGGAACAUUCGCAACGGAGCCUCUAUCACCCUGAGCAUUCUGGACUUCGACCCGCUGGAGCUGGCCAGGCAAUUCACGCUUAUUGAGUCCAAGUUGUUUUGCACGAUCCAACCCGAGGAAUUGCUUGCAUCUGAGUGGACCAAGAAGAACGGAAGGGCUGUCAAUGUUCGCGCCAUGUCGAAGCUCUCGACCGAUCUCGCCAAUCUCGUGGCCGACACUAUUCUUCAGUUGGAGGAUCCUAAGAAGCGCGCUGUUAUCAUCAAGCAGUGGGUAAAGAUCGCGGUGAAAUGCCUGGAGCUCAACAAUUACGACUCGCUCAUGGCCAUCAUUUGCUCUCUGAACUCUUCGAUGGUCAUGCGGUUGAAGCGAACCUGGGACGCUGUCUCGGCCAAGACUAAGGGUCGCCUCGAGGAGCUUCGUGCAAUUGUCAAUGUCGGCCGCAACUACGCCGUCCUUCGGAAGCGCCUGGAAAACCACGUCGCUCCCUGCAUUCCCUUCGUUGGCAUUUACCUCACGGAUCUGACUUUUGUCGACGUUGGCAACCAGACGACACGCCAGAUCCCUGGUGACGGAGGUGCUGACUCGGGCAUCAGCGUCAUCAACUUCGACAAACACAUGCGGACGGCAAAGAUUAUUGGUCAACUACAGCGCUUCCAAGUCCCGUACCCCCUUGCUCCUGUUCCGGAGAUGCAAGAGUGGAUGCAGUCGCAAAUCGAGCGUGUUCGCGACAGCGACCAAAGCAACGUGCAGAACUAUUACCGCCGGUCACUCCUACUAGAGCCCAGAGAACCCAAGCAACACAGCCCGAUUUCCGACAACGACAGUGUGAGGCAAUUCAACGGGAGUACGAGAGAGCGGUUCGACUUUUUGAACGCUCUGUCAACAUUCAAAUCGUCCUCUGAACACAGUGCGACUCCGAGGGGCAGUUUGUGA